AGCCGUGCUAAUAUCAAUCGAAUCGAGUUUUUCUGUUGUUUCCUUUUUCCGUUUCCAUUGAUCCCUUCCCAGCCAUGCGGUAUAAACAGACCCAUCCAGUAUCCACUAACGCCGACGGCUUAUGAUAUUGGUAAUGCUAAUCUGCCCGUAAGACAUCGUAUCGAGGAAUGGGAGGAGGGGGCAGAGCUUGCAUUAAGGGACUAUAACAAGAAACAUGGAAUAAAUUUGAAGCUCGAAAGGGCUCUGGAAUGCAAUAGGUUUGAAUGCUCUGGUCUUUUAAUGGACUUCACUAAAAAGAAGACAACUUGGGUGCAUAUGAACUUAGUGGCAAGUGUGGGGCCCAAAGAAGAAUUACACGUUUUGUUUGCUGAGUUCUAUUUAUCGGAUGUUGCUGAUGAUGAGUAUGUGCUUGCGACAUUGGCACCGGUGGAUACUUCUUGGGAGUAUUGUGUCAGUAAAAGAGAUGGGCUGUGUUGUCGUUUCUGCCCAGACGAUAUUCGUCAUCCAAUGAAAGGGCGUUUCUGUUUGCUGGAAGAAGACGAGCCUUUGGGCUUCGACUAACUGAAUGGUUGCUUGUCUUACUUUGUUUUAUGACUUAUUACAUGAUUUUAUGGUGUGGGCUUCUGAUCAAAUGAACUAUGAAAUGAAAACUUGGGCUUCGAAUUGUUCGUGCUGGCAUUGCAACUAUUGUGUGGCGUGAUUUUGAUUGAUUAUUGUUUAAUGUUAAUAAUAUGGUAAAUUAUAUUCUUGUAUCAUAGUUGAUGUGAUUAAGGGGUAUCUACCACGACCAUACUGAAAAGUUCGCAUUUUCUUCUUCUUUGCACCAGUGAAUAAUUUUU